AUGACUGAGAUGUUACCUAGAUCCCAUGAUCUAGAUGCUACUUGGAAUUUCAUCGAACCUGGGAUUAACCAGAUCCUAGGUAGUGAAACUAAGCUAAAUAAUAAGAGGGUGAAUAAGAUUUUGUCUCCUACUAUGUAUAUGGAAAUUUAUACUGCGAUUUACAAUUACUGUGUUAAUAAGUCACGCUCAUCCGGUCAAUUUAAUUCUGACAGUUCCAAUGAACAAAAUUCAAUCUUGGUUGGAAGUGAAAUUUACGAGAGAUUGAAAAGAUACCUGAAGAAUUAUAUUUCAAAUUUUAAAAGAUUUGAUAAUGAAAGUUUUCUUCAAUUUCACGUAAGGCAUUGGAGACGAUUCACUGUAGGAGCUGUCUUUUUGAACCAUACAUUCGACUAUAUGAAUAGGUAUUGGGUUCAAAAGGAGAGAAGUGAUGGUAAGAGGCAUAUCUUCGACGUUUACACCCUAUGUUUGAUGACGUGGAAAGAGGUUAUGUUCGAUCCAAAUAGCGAUAUUCUAAUAAACGAAAUCUUAGAACAAAUUACUCUAGAGAGAGAUGGUAAUAUCAUCAAUAAAAGUGAUAUUAUUACCGCUAUAAAAUCAUUUGUUGCACUAGGUAUUGAUCCACAAGAUUUGAAAAAACUGAAUUUGAACGUUUACAUUCAAGUAUUUGAAAAACCAUUUUUGAAAAGAACUGAAGAAUAUUACGUUGAAUAUUCUCAAAAUUAUUUAGUAACGCAUUCUGUCACUGAUUACAUCUUUGAAGCUCAUAGAAUCAUUUCACGUGAAGAAAAGAGUAUGUCUCUGUAUUGGGAUGAUCAUACUAGAAAACCUUUAUCAGAAGCUUUAAAUGCAGUAUUAAUCAGAAAUCAUAUUGAUAAAUUAGAACAAGAUUUUGUGACUCUAUUAGAUUCAAGAACUAACGUUAAAAUAUCAGCAUUGUACAAUUUAAUCCAAAGAGAUUUUACUUUAUUACCAAAAUUGGCUAAGGCAUUUGAAGAAUACGUUAAGAUCACUGGUGAAAAUGAAGUCUCUAAAUUACUUGCUACACAAAAGGAAUUAUUGAUGAAAGAGUCGACUAAUGGCAGUAAUAAUAAAUUACAUUUAAAUAUUUCAUCUCAUGUGUCUCCAAAGGAUUAUAUUAAAAAGUUGUUGGAAGUCUAUGAAAUAUUCCGUCUAAUUACAAACGAGUGUUUUAUCAAUGAUCCACUUUUCACAAAGGCACUUGAUAACGCAUGUAGAUCCUACAUCAAUAACAAUGAAUUAGCAUUACCUGCUGGUUCACCAAAAUCAGCAACCUCAAAAACUUCUGAAAUGUUAGCCAAAUAUAGUGAUCAGUUGUUAAAGAGAUUAACAAAACAGGAAAUUUCCAAUAAUAUGUCAAUUGAUGAUAUUAUGAUGAUUUUUAAAUUUUUAACUGACAAGGACGUUUUUGAAUCACAUUAUCGUAGACUAUUUGCAAAAAGAUUGAUACAUGGUACAUCAACAAGUGACGAAGAUGAAGAAGCUGUUAUUCAAAGAUUACAAAGUGAAAACAGUAUGGAAUAUACCGGUAAGAUAACAAAAAUGUUCCAAGAUGUUAGACUAUCAAAAGUAUUAGAAACAGAAUAUGAUCAAAUGAUUAAAAAAAAUAUUGGUUUACGAAGAGAAAAAUUCCCUGAGUUGCAACCAUUUAUCCUAGCUGAAAAUAUGUGGCCAUUUUCAUAUCAAGCAGUUGAAUAUAAUUUACCAGAAGAAUUGAGAUUAUCACAUGAAAAGUUGGAAACAGUGUACACAAAUAAGCAUAACGGUAGGAUAUUGAAAUGGUUAUGGCCACUAUGUCGUGCCGAAUUGAGAGCAAACAUAGGUAAGCCUGGUAAAGCACCAUUCAAUUUCACGGUAACACUAUUUCAAUUAUCCAUUUUAUUACAGUUCAAUAAUAAAGAUGUUCUUACUUUAGAGGAAAUUCAAGAAUCCACCAAUCUGUCGAUACAGAAUAUUGCAGCAGCAAUGGUCCCUUUCAUAAAAUUCAAAUUGGUUCAGCAAACACCACCAGGUUUAGAGGCAUUAGUCAAACAAGAUACCAAAUUCACAAUUGCAAAUCCUUAUAAAGCAUUAAAAACAAAUAUAAAUUUUGCAAGUGGUGUAAAAAACGACAUUUUGAGUUCAUUAAACGCAAAGAUACAAGAUACAAAUUACAACGCACCAAAUGAUAUUGAGGCUGAGAAAUUAGAGAAAGAAUUAAACACAGAAAGACAAAUUUUCUUGGAAGCUUGUAUAGUUAGAAUAAUGAAAUCCAAGAGAAAGCUACCACAUACGAUGUUAGUAAACGAAUGUAUUUCACAGUCUCACAAAAGAUUCCACGCAAAGAUUUCAAUGAUCAAGAGAGCCAUUGAUAAUGUUAUCCAAAAGAACUAUCUACAACGGUGCGACGAUGGUGAAUCCUACGAAUAUUUAGCAUAA